CGAAAAAAAAACACUUUCUUCUCAUUUUUUUUUGUAUGGUUCACCUCCAUCUCCGAAAUCCACUGACCAAGUUAAAAUUUCGAAAGUAGCGCCGAAUGUAACCUGUUGUGUAUCGGACAUUGUUAAAUAAAAUUAUAAUUCUGCCUAUUUUCUACCGGACCGCGGUUUGAAGUGGUAAGAGCAGUGAAAGCAAUAAUUUACGAAGCAGAAGCAAGUGCCAUUCUCGCGAAGAAAUUCAACGAGUCAGUUUCAGUGCGGUUGCGACAGUGGUCACACUGACCGGGUCCUAGUGCGCACCCAAAGUGUCUAUUGUGGAUUUUUUCGCGAUUUUUUUUUUUUCAUUUUUGGCUGUAGGAUUAGAAUUUUCGGUUCAAAAUGACUUCUAUAAUGCACCUAGUUGUAGAAAAUUAUAGUGAAUUUGCCCAAUCCAGAGAUCCCACUGUAGACUCAUGGCUGUUUAUGAAAUCACCAGUACCCGUCGUAGCAAUUCUCCUCACCUAUCUAAUAUUCGUACUCAAAAUAGGACCUCAAUGGAUGGAAAAGAGGAAAGCAUACGACCUAAAAUUAGUUAUGAUAGUGUACAAUGCUUAUCAAGUACUAUUUAGUUUAUGGUUAUGUUCGACGGCGAUAUACGUGAAAGAACCAGUGAAGCUUUUAACUCGAAGUUGCAACAAUCCGUCGAAUAGCAAAGAGUUGCAAGAUAUUGUCUACAAUUCAUCUUGGUGGUACUUCUUCUCUAAAAUAGUAGAGCUCUUGGAUACAGUUUUCUUCGUUUUAAGGAAAAAACAGUCGCAAGUAACUUUCCUCCAUGUAUACCACCACGCCAUUACAAUGUUUUUCUCAUGGGGAUAUUUAAAAUUCUUGCCUGGUGAGCAAGGUCUUGUUAUAGGAUUUCUAAAUUCACUUGUACAUGUUGUAAUGUACUUUUACUACUUCAUCGCUGCACUUGGACCCAAAUAUCAGAAGUACCUCUGGUGGAAAAAAUACAUGACAUGGAUCCAAUUGACCCAAUUCUGCAUAAUGUUGGCAUACCUAGUCUUCAUCAUCGCCAUCGAUUGCAAACUCCCCAAGGCGCUCACCUUCUUCUUCGUCGGCAACGUAGUAAUCUUCCUCUACCUCUUCAGCGAUUUCUACAGGAAGGCGUACAAUGCAAAACCUAAAAAUCCCAUCGAGGUCGGACCUGCAUCAGUCAUCCAACCAGCUACAGAAAAAGUGAAAGCACACUAGAUUAGUACUUGAUUAUUUAUUUUUUGUUGUAUAUUACGAAUAAUACAGGGUGUUCUUAUUUCAACCAAAAUAAGACGCGUGAUACAGCUUUGACAUAGUGGUACUUUAAAACUUAAGAGCGCGUCAGCAAUAUUAAUUCAAGAGAUAGUAGCCGCACCGUUUUUCGAAAGUUCUGCGAACUGUUGGCAACAGUGCUUCGGCAGUUCGUGACACUAUCAACGACGAAGGCAUAAUAUUGUGAUAAUAAUAUACUCAUAGGCGCUCUAAAUGCUGCCAAAUCAGUCAGUUAAGUUCGAUUUCUUGUUAUAGAUAAUCGAUUAUAGUAGUUCUGAUGUGCCACAUAAUCUAGGCAUGGGAUAAAAAAGUUUAUUUGACGAAAUUGUAUUUUUUUAUUCUGCUUAAUAGCGCUACAGACUCGUUUUUGUAAGAUUUUAAUUAAUUGUAGAGUAAUUUCCACAUACUAACAUGUUGCUCAAAUUGGGCUCUGUACCGCCAUUCUUUACUAUAUUAUAGUCCGUCCACUAUAACUUUUCCCAUGCGGUACGAUUCAUUUUCAAUCAAAUUAAGUCAAAACAGAAAGUGAAACGUACGCCGAUGUGUGUAGUAUAUAGUAUACAGUAUACAAAAUGUAUAUACACAUCGACGUUCGUUUCAAUUUAUGUUUUGACUUAAUUUGAUUGAAAAUGAAUCGUACCGCAUGGGAAAAGUUAUAGCGGACGGACUAUACGUAUAGGUAUGUGUGCCAAAUAACUCGACAUAAUUUUCAAAAUUAAAGCUACAAUCUUGGAACGCGUUUUCCGUCUUGAUGACGUGCUGAUGUAGCCUCUUAAGAAUUAUGUCAAUUCUGUAUCAUUUUUCUGUAGUGUUUUACCUUAUUUUAUGUGGAUAUACACACUGUAUGUUGCAUUGUACAUAGUAAGUAUGUAUUGUACAUACACUAAAUAUUUACUAAGAAAAUAAUAAAAACUUGUGCAGAAACUGCUAUAUCUUUUGCUCAAAUUGCAAUACCGGAAAACAAGAACUACAUAAACGAAAGUAAAUUACAGUGGAACCCCGAUAAGUCGGCCUCCGAUAACCCGGAAGUCCGGCUAACCCGGACCGAUUUUCAUCAGACAAAACGAACAUUUUUUUACUUUUACGAAAUUUUUUACCCAGAAAUAAACAAUACUGUACAGUUGAGUCCCUGAAUCUUUACCCGUGCGUCAUCAUUUAAACCAUACGAAAUCAGUCGAUGAUAAGUCGGAAAUUGAAAUUUACUAAACGCAACAGCAAGUGACAGCAAGUGACUUGCUAAAUGAUGACGCACGGGUAAAGAUUCAGGGACUCAACUGUAUACAACUGCACUUAAUUUAGAUGUACUGCGCACAUGUAUUUCAUGUUUUUGCAAUUAUAAUGGAGUUUAUCUGUAAGUACACCGUGUUUGAUCAAUUUUUACCAUAAACUCCGGCUAACUCGGAUUUUCGAUAACCCGGAUGGGCCCCGGUUUCGAUUAAUCCGACUUAUCUAGGUUCCAUUGUAAUAGUUUUUUUUUACAAAAUAACAAAGAGGACUGUGAAAUAAGUGCUUUAGUUGUGAGGUGCGCAUUAUAAUCUUUUGCUGAUGGCCAUUUUAUUUAUUAGUACAGGUCGACAGAAAUAUCUGAAGCCGCCAAGGUCAAACCGAUCGAAACCUUUGGUUACGCGACGUUGUCAGAUCAAUCAGGUUUCAAAGGUUCUUCGGCUUUGUGUUUGUUACCUGUUUCACAGUAAAAUUUCCUUCUGCUUUCUCCUGCUUUUAAAACAUUGUGUAUAAUUUCAAGGGAAUGUGCACUUAAUGUCCUUUUUUCACGGCCCUUAUAAUAUUCAUGUUUAUUAAAAAAAUAUUAAAUGUAUUCUAAAUAAACAACUACCCGACGAUUUUAUCCGGCAAUGUCACAAAACCACUGAUUUCGAGCACAAUGCAUUUUAAAUGGAUGUUUACUCUUUGCACCAACGAGUUUAACUGAAAUCCCUCUCAUUGAUUUGCUACCUAGGUGACCUUCGUGGUUUUAGAUAUUUCUGUACAAUUGUAAGCGACUCUUUAAAGUAAUCUAAGAUUACUUUACAUAGUCACAAGGCAUACGCGCGAAAGAUUUCGUUAGUCCCCACAUAACAAUGACGUUCGUAUCAUGUUCUAAGCAUAUCCUACCAACAUUCGUCGAAGUAUGUCCUUUUUAGUAUAUGCGUAGUACAAGCAUAGCAUGUACCAUAAAAAACAUUCUAAAUUUCAUGUUCUUUGCAUGUGGUUCAAAGAAUAUUCUUUCACCGAAUAUACUGAGUACGUUCGUGUACGUAGUAUCUCGGAAUGUUCGUAAAAGUUUAUUCUUAGAAUAUACCUUAAUCGAAUAUUCUUAGUAUAUGCGUAAGUAUAUGCAAAAGUAUAUGCUUAACACAUACUUGUAUAUACUUUUAAAAUAUCUUAAAAAGAAUAUACUGUAUAUACCUAUUGGAAGAAGAAUAAUGUUUAACCUAUAGAUUAUCAACUUCGCGUUAAGAAUAAUUAAUAAAGUUUAGGUAUUUUGGUAGGUACUACUGAACUAUCUAAUUCAUUUUUUUAAACCGUUUUAAUUGUAUGGAAAAAAGGUUAAAACUUAAUUCUAUUGAAGAAAAAUGAGAAAUUCUCAUUUCGUUUUCAAUUGAAAUGAAUAUACCAUUUUCAUUUGAGUUUAUACCAUGAGUAUUUUUAAAUACCUAUAAUUUUCGGGAAUAAUAAGGGCAAAAUAUGAAAAUAGCUUCCAGUACAGUUGAGUACAGUUAUGUAGUUAUUAUACAUUAGGCAUGUUAUUAUACAUUAGGCAUUUAUGUCUACGCUGUUAGGACGAAGCGAAGACGAAGUAUUUCUAGCUACAAGGACUAAAACAUUUUUAAGAACAUAAAAAGCAGCUUGAAAAUAAUAAAUUCAUAUUGGUACUUCAAUAUUUCCUAAAUACCUAGUAAGUAAAAUAUGUAUAAUGUAUAUAAUAGAUACCUAUAAAUUUUAGUAAUUUACAUACAUAUUAUAUGUAUGUAUUUGGCUAUUAUAUAAUAUAUAAACAGCAUUUUUAUUUUGAUGUGCACAUAAUAACUAAAUAUAUUACUUAUAUUUUAUAUAUACCUACUUACCCAUAUAAUAUUUAUUAAACAUAGGUACCCAUAUAACUAACUAAAGUUUAUAUAUUUUAUACUUACUUUUUACGAAAUAUUGUAGAAUGUAAUAACUACAUUCUCAUAUGCAAUUAGAAUAUGUAAAUAAUAUAAUAUAUUAGUAGAACCUAGGAUGAGAUUGGGUGAUGUUGAAAACAUGCUUCUGAGAAAUAUAGCACAUCCAUUCUAAGUAUAUAACACUUCCUGGGAAUAUUCUUCCCAUAUACUAAAAAUAUGUGCGAUAGUACAUUCUAAGUAUAUAACUAGAAGGUAUAUAGCACUUCCUUGGAAUAUUCUUCCCAUAUACUAAAAAUAUGUGCGAUAGUACAUUCUAAGUAUAUAAAUAGAAGGUUUAUAGCACCUCCUUAGAACCUUCUAAAAAGUAUGUUCUUGGUACUUAUAUACUGAAAAGAAGUGCGAUAGUACAUUCUAAGUAUAUACAUAGAACGUUUAAGUACUGUAAUGUAGUAUCUAUAUGCUCAGUAUCUGCUCUGCACAUUCGCAAUGGUAAUUACGCAUAUUCUCAUAUUAUUAUAUACUUUUUCUGAAAAGUAUGUUCUAUGAAUCUACUAAGAACAUGAAAUUGUUAUGUGGGUCAAUGGUGUACAAAAGCUGCUAAUAUAUUUUUACGAAACCAGAAACAAUGAUAGUAAAUUAAAGUUAUUAAAUAUUAAAUUAAAUAAUUUAAAUCAAUAUUUUAUAAGUAUUUUUUAAUGUGUAAAUAAACGUUUUAGCCUGAAUAAAUGUUUAUAGAAAUAUCUAAAAAAUUUUAUUACAUUGUUGUUUUGUAAAAUAUAGAUCACAUAGUUGAUUAAAACAGUUUAAAAACUGAAUUGUUUUUUAAUUGUUUUGUAAUUACAAAAAUUUUGAAUAACGUCAUCAAUAACACAUAAAAAUAACAUCAUAAAAAUCUUCUUCCUAAUUUGAAUUACCACUGUCGUCAGGUUUUCAUAGACGUUAUAAGGUUUUCCAAUUAGUAAUCAGAAUUUUCCGAGUUUUUGGGGAACUACUUUAAAGAGAAUCAAUUGAGUAAAUAAUAUUUUAUUAGAUAUCAAUUAUAGCUAUCGUGAAAAAUAAAAAAUAUGCAAACAAUGCAAACGUCUUCUUCUUCUUCUUUUUCUUCUUCUCCUUUUCCUUUUUUUUUUCUGUAGAAAAUGAUCCUGUCCAUGAUCCCUCCAUUAGCCAAUUUCGCUACAUUUUCUGAGUCCUUUAUUUCGACACCAGGACUCCAGUUUCUCUUGGUGUAUCCACUUUCUUUAUUCAAUCUCUGAAAGAAAUUCCAUUUUGUCGCCUGCUGUCGAGCUCAUUUGUUUCAAGUCCUAAUUUUAACAGAUACUAAGCCGUUUACUCAUUGAAAUGAAACCUGGUUGUUACCUGGUACCCAUAGUUAAGUGGCGUCCUUAUUUUUCACUCAAAUCGUGCUUAACUUACACAAUUUAUGACCAGAAGAAGCAUGAUGACACCCUUCGCCUCGAUAAGACUUCAAGGUACUCAGAAAAGUCAGUAAACACUUUAUAAUAUUUCUUUAUACAGUGCUGUGGAAUAAGUGUUGCCCCCCUGUUAAUUAACUUGUUUAUUUUAAGAAUAUAAACAAAACGCUUGGACAGGUCGAUUUUUAAACUAAUCCUAGUAUAUCCCAGCAUCAACGUUUCGAACUUUACGCGAUCCCUCUUCAGGUGACAGGCAUAACUUUGAUUUUUUUAAAUGGUAAAGUACAUCAUGUGACACCUCAUUUAACAGCUUUUAAAAUACUGAUUUCAAAAAUGUAUAAUACUUUAUUCCUUUUUGAGGUCGCAGGCCCAAAAUUUCGGUCGAACUCUUUUUAAACGCAUUUAUUUUUUCGAAUUCUGAGAAAACUAAUAAGUAAUUUUGAAAAAUUUAAACGCAGAAUGAAAGAUUAGAUUAUUACCGAGUGACAGUCCCUUAGAAUGAACAAAAAGUUUCUUUUGAAUGAUAUAUUUGAAAUUAAAAAUCACACUAAAUUUUCUCUUUUUUCCACCACUGUGAUUUAUUAAAAUAAACAUUAUAUGAGUUCUCAGGGACUUUGGACCAUCUAGAAUACUGUAAUAUUUCAUUCUGCGUUUAAAUUUUUCAAAAAUAUUUAUUAAUUUUUUCAGGAUUCGAAAAAAAUGAUUGCAUUUAGAAAUAAUUCGACCAAAAUUUUGCGCGUACGCUCUCAAGCAGGAUUAAAGUAUUAUACAUUUUUGAACUCAGUAUUUUAAGAGCUUUUAAAUGAGCUGUCACAUGAUGUACUUUCCCAUUUAAAAAAAUCAAAGGUAUGGCUGUCACCUGAAGAGGGAUCGCGUAAAGUUCGAAACAUUGAUGCUGUAAUAUACUAUAGUUAGUUUAAAAAUCGACCUGUCCGAGCGUUUUGCUUAUAUUUUUAAAAUAAACAAGUUAACAGGGGGGGCAACACUUAUUCCACCGCACUGUAUAAAAAACUUAACAGAAUUGAAACUGAAUAGGGAGGAACAAGUACAAUGAAAGAAAUUGAGCUGCUACUGACACCUAAUAAGAAUAAACACAAACACUUAACACGGAGAAACUGACAGAUAUAUCAAAAAGAAUAGAGGGCGAUCAAAUAAAUAACAUAGAAAAAAAAUGUUGUUCUGAAGCUAUUUCCUUGUGGCAUUUUUAUAAUUACGUAUUUUUUAUGGGAAAUAAGCCACAAUUUUAAUAAAAAAUGAAUUUAUUAACGUUUCGAAGCCCAAAUCGGGUUUCGUUGUCAAAACACAAAAUACUAUUAAAAUAAAACAAACAUGUUGUUGCUAAGUAAAAAAAUUCUUCUAAUAAUUUAUUUAAUCUGACUCAUUUAUAUUGGCAAUUCAGACGUAUAUUAUACAUUUUAAAGUAGAAGACUUUAAAAUGAUAUCGCCAAUAUUUAUGAGUUGCGUUCCUGGGACGACUUUACUAAAAGAUAGUUCAUUCGAUUACAUGAAAUCAAUCCCAACUCAAGAAUAUCCGUCGCAAAAAAAUCAUAGCAUGUGAUCUGUCUUUAAAAAGACAACCAAAUGUAACGAUGACAGUAAAAUUCUCGAGUUAGAAUCUAUAAUUUAUUAAUUUAAAUUAAAUAAUUUACUAUGGAAUCUCUAACUCGAGAAUUUUACUGUCAUCGUUACAUUUGGUUGUCUUUUAAAGACAGAUCACAUGCUAUGAUUUUUUUGUGACGGAUAUUCUUGAGUUGGGAUUGAUUUCAUGUAAUCGAAUGAACUAUCUUUUAGUAAAGUCGUCCCAGGAACGCAACUCAUAAAUAUUGGCGAUAUCAUUUUAAAGUCUUCUACUUUAAAAUGUAUAAUAUACGUCUGAAUUGCCAAUAUAAAUGAGUCAGAUUAAAUAAAUUAUUAGAAGAAUUUUUUUACUUAGCAACAACAUGUUUGUUUUAUUUUAAUAAUAUUUUGUGUUUUGACAACGAAACCCAAUUUGGGCUUCGAAACGUUAAUAAAUUCAUUUUUUAUUAAAAUUGUGGCUUAUUUCCCAUAAAAAAUACGUAAUUAUAGAAAAAAAAAAGCACACAGAAGACAAGAAAAAAUAAACAAAAGAGAUUACAAGCGAGAACUAGAUUUAAUUUUAAUAAAUCUUUAACCUACACUUUCGUUUUUCGACUUCUGUUCAUCGACCUUCUUUUUAUUUCUUCUUUUGCUUUUUCUUCUGUUUAUCUACCUUCCAUUGAUAUCUUUAUUAACUACAUUUUAAUAGUUAUAUUUAAUAAUUCUACUUAUAUUCAUUUAUGUUCUCUUUAUCUCCCGUUCUUUCUAUUCCUUUAUUUAUUGCUUUCUUUCUCUAGUUCUAGAUAUGGUUUUUAGAGACUCCAUGGGCAUCUUUUCAACAAAUUGCUUAGCCCCCAAGAAUUAAGUCUCUAUUUACUAAAAAUCUUCUUUUUCUUUUUCGUUCUCCUUAUAAACAAUUCUACUUGUUCAUUGACGGAUUCAUAUCUCUAUGAAAGGUUGUUACUCUAUCUUUCUGGAGUUUCAUGUCUGUUAUCUGCCCCGUUCUCUUUUCUUUUUAGUGUCCAUACGUUUAUACACUGUACGUUACAUUUUCUUCUACUACCUUCACUUCUCUUUCCUAUAAAUAUUUGUUCUUUCUUUUGCUAAAAUUGCAUAGGAAUAUUAUGCCACAAUACUUUGUUUUAUUCUUUUUUUCCGUUAUUGCAAACAAUACAAUACUUAAAAAAUAUUGUUUUUAGUACCUGUUUAGAGGGACCAAUAUUGAAGUACGUGUAGUUUAUUUAAAUAAAGUUUAGAAAAUUUACGAAAUGUUAAAAAUUGGUUAUAUUGUUUAUGUAAUAAUGUAUAUAUGUAAGGCAUAACUGUUAACUUGUGUUAAGUGAUAACUUUAAAAAGUUUGAUAUUUCUCAAAUAUUUAUAAUAAAAUUUACUGAACUGUAAAAAAUACUUCUUACACUGUUAAAAAUUGAACUGUAUACAGUUUCCUGAACUGCCAAACCGAAAAUUGUAAUCUACAGCCAGGGCAAGAUUUUGAACAUCAAUGUACAGGAUGACUCUUAGAGAGAGCUUCACAUUUUGCAGAAUGUUCUUGUUAGAUAUGUUACACUGUUAAAAAAUUAGCUCUUGUUGGAAAUGUUUGAUUCUUUAUUACAACACAAAUAUUGAUUCCAUCCUGUAUGUAUCUGUUACCAUUCGAAUAUACAUAUUUAUUGUUUUAAAAAUUUAUAAAAUAGAAUGUUUGUAUGGUCCAAUAUAUGUUUUAUAUAUAAUUGGACGAUGUAUUAUACUUUAUGUGAGGUGAAAAUUAAAUCAAAGUUUACGAAAUUA